GGCGUUGCCCAGAAGGCCGUCCCGCCCGCCCCCGCCUGGUCCUCUGUGCGCCAUGCCUCGGCUCACCUUGCAGGUCCUUCUACUGUUCCUCGAGAGGCUGAGGUCCCCGCCUUUAACCUCUGACGAAAGUCGUGUCUCCAAAGCCUCGAGAGCGGCUGUGCUGGGAGACUUGGCGGUCUCGAGCGCAGACGUCCGCCGGGCGGCGAAUGCUAUUUGCUACUAAUGGGUGUGAGCAAGUUAGAUAUUCUAUACCGGAGACUUCUCCUCACAAAACUUUUUAUUAGAGGAUGGGGAAGGCCAGAAGAUCUCAAAAGACUUUUUGAAUUCAGGAAGAUGAUUGGAAACCGCGAAAGAUGCCAGAAUCUGGUUUCCAGUGAUUAUCCAGUGUACAUUGAUAAGAUUGAAGAGCAGUCAGACUGUAAGGUCCUAGAUGGACACUUUGUUUCCCCAAUGGCCCAUUAUGUACCCAAUAUCAUGCCAAUUGAAUCUGUUAUUGCAAGGUUCCAAUUUAUUGUGCCUAAAGAAUGGAACAGCAAAUAUAGACCUGUGUGCAUUCAUCUUGCUGGAACAGGAGAUCAUCAUUACUGGAGGCGACGAACACUAAUGGCCCGUCCCAUGAUUAAAGAAGCCCGAAUGGCUUCACUGUUGUUGGAAAACCCGUAUUAUGGCUGCAGGAAACCCAGGGACCAAGUGAGGUCCAGCUUAAAAAAUGUGUCUGACCUUUUUGUGAUGGGAGGAGCUCUUGUUUUAGAAUCUGCAGCUCUCUUGCACUGGCUAGAGAGGGAAGGAUAUGGACCAUUAGGAAUGACUGGAAUAUCCAUGGGAGGACACAUGGCCUCCUUAGCAGUAUCCAACUGGCCUAAGCCCAUGCCAUUGAUUCCAUGUCUGUCUUGGUCCACAGCAUCUGGAGUGUUUACUACGGGCGUAUUGAGUAAGUCAAUUAAUUGGAGAGAGCUGGAAAAGCAGUAUUACACACAGACAGUUUAUGAAGAAGAAAUUAUUCACAUGCUUGAAUACUGUGGAACAGAUUCUUUCAGAAUGGGACAAGAGUUUGUGAAACGUUUCCCUAGCAGUGCAGACAAGUUAUUUUCUAGAAGUUUAAAUUUAGAUAUGACAAACCAAGUUGUGUCACAAAAAUCUGAGUGCCAAACUUCUACUAAAACAUCUAUCAGUGCUACAUCAGGAGGACUCUUCUUGCAAGAUACCUCUAAAAUAGACUGCUUGAAUCAAACACUUUCAGCCAACAAGGGUGGUUACACAAGUUACAACCCUCAGUCCUACCAGGUACUCAGCAAAGAACAAAGAAGAAACAGUCUUCAAAAAGAAUCUUUAAUAUUUAUGAAAGGAGUCAUGGAUGAAUGUACUCAUGUAGCAAAUUUCUCAGUUCCAGUUGACCCAAGCCUCAUUAUAGUGGUGCAAGCCAAAGAAGAUGCCUAUAUUCCACGAACAGGAGUUCGAAGUCUACAAGAAAUUUGGCCUGGUUGUGAAAUCCGUUAUCUAGAAGGGGGUCAUAUUAGUGCUUACCUUUUUAAACAGGGACUCUUCAGACAAGCCAUCUACGAUGCAUUUGAACGCUUCCUUCAUAAGUACACUAACUGACUGGGUUACUGUAUUACAGUAUAACUGGUGAAGUCAUUGUGUUUCUUAGAAUAUAAAUUUUUAUCCUGUGAUGAUGUGAAGAACCAAUAGACAGUACUACAUAUCUAAUUUCUACCAGUGUAAUCUGGAAUUCAUUGUUACAGAUCAGUCAAUUAUAAAUUUUAAAUACUACAUUUCAGUCCUUUCAGAACAAUAUUUGAAUUAAAUAAUUUGAAGUAUUUUGCUGUUAUUUGUGGGAGUCCCAUAUACUCAAUAUCUAGACUGUUAUUUAUGAAAACAGCAUUUUAAACUGAGUAAUUUAUUAAUUUAAAAUAAUUUAUAGAAACCUUGUUUUUAAUGGAAUUGCUAAAAAAAAGAUUGUAAUAUAUCAGCCUGUACAGUAUACCCUUAUGAUGUUUCUGCCAAUUUUGAGAAACAUGUGUAUUUUUUUAGAUGCAUGGUGAGUUUGUAGCCUUGUUUUCAGUUGCAGUUAAUUUUCUGCCGUAAAAAUACUUGUGUAUAAAAUCACUGUUAAAUUUGAAUUUUUAAAAAAUCCUGACUGCUUUGUAGAUAAGUGCUUUUAAUAAUUA